UCUUUUCUGCAUUUGGCUUCAACAAACAACAAGAAAGCAUCUUCCUUUUUUCUUCUUUAUUGAUCGACGAUAACUCCAUUGAUUCUUCUUCUUCUUAUCUCUUCAAAUUCGAUGCUCCAGAAAUCACUCACUUAGGUUUACGAAAUCCAACUGCAAUUCUAUUAUUCUCUCUGACGUCUGAUCUAGGGUUUUAAGACAAUCUCUCUCUAGAGAUGGUGCACACCAAUCAAGAACUCAUUGGUUCUUACUUCGUUGACCUAUGGAAACAGUCCUCCAGGGCUGCGGCGGAUAUGGAAGUCAUGAAGAAGGAAGCGGAGGAGAGCGAAUGGAACCCCACGGAGCUCAACACAGUCAACAGCGCGGGAGGGUUCAUGAGCGUCUCCCCUGACAAGCUGUCUGUUCAGUACAACAACGUUAAUUUUCAUGACCAUGACGUUGGCGUUGUUCAGGCCAAUCACCCCGCCCCAGUCAGGCGACUUGUGUAUUACUUUGAGAUAUUUGUCAAGAAUGCAGGUGCCAAAGGUCAGAUUGCCAUCGGAUUCACCACUGAAGGUUUUAAGAUGAGAAGACAACCGGGGUGGGAAGCAAAUAGUUUUGGUUAUCAUGGUGAGGAUGGACUACUAUAUCGUGGUCAAGGAAAGGGGGAUGCAUUUGGUCCUACAUAUACAUGUGGCGAUACAGUUGGUGGUGGAAUUAACUAUGCUUCACAGGAGUUUUUUUUCACCAAAAAUGGGGUGGUCAUAGGAUCAGUGUACAAGGAUGUUAAAGAUCCAUUAUUCCCAACAGUUGCUGUUCAUAGCCAAAAUGAAGAAAUAACUGUCAACUUUGGAAAACAGCCAUUUGUCUUUGAUGUUAAGUCAUAUGAAGCUCAGGAAAGGGCAAAGCAAGAAAAGACAAUUGAAAAAGUAUCUUUGCAGCAAGAUGUUAGUUUUGGGAUAGUUCGCUCCUAUUUAGUACACUAUGGCUAUGCAGAUACUUUGAAACUGUUUGACAUGGCUAGCAGAAGUUCUCUUCCUCCAAUAUCAAUAAUUCAAGAAAAUGGCUUCAAUGAGAAAGACAAUGAAUACGCUUUACACCAACGAAAAGCCAUCCGACAGCUAAUCAGGAAUGGCGACAUUGAUGGCGCAUUUGGAAAACUUCAUGAUUGGUAUCCCCAAGUUGUUCAGGAUGAAAGAUCAGCUACUUCCUUUCUUCUUCACUGUCAAAAGUUUAUCGAAGUGGUUCGGGCGGGAAGGCUGGAGGAAGCUGUUAUGCACGGAAGAAAAGAAUUUGAAAUUUUUUACUUACAGAGAGAGUAUGAGGACCUUAUUAAGGACUGUGCGGCCUUAUUAGCAUAUGAAGAACCGGAGAAAUCAAGUGUUGGGUAUCUUAUGAAAGAGUCGCAGCGUGAGUUGGUGGCUGAUAUGGUGAAUGCAGUUAUAUUGUCAACAAAUCCGAACAAGAAUGUUAAAGAUGUGAAUUAUUACUGCUUGCAUUCUUAUCUAGAGAGAUUACUGAGGCAAUUAACUGGCUGCUACUUGGAGAAUAGGUCAUUGAAUGGUGAUCAAGGAGAAACUUUUCACCUCAGCAGGAUAAUGGACAAUAAUUGUUACAAAAAGGCUUAAUACCCCAUUUGAUGAUGAUGAUGUAUUCUUUACUUUGAUCUUCGUCAUUAUAAUUGGUAAGCAUCAAACUUGAUAUAUAAGCCUGGUCGGCUUGGUUUGCUUUGCUUGUCAUCGGCCAAUCAACCAAACCAAUCUCGUGCUGAAUAUCGAACGAUACUCCUGUAUAUUAUAAUGUUUAUUUAUUUAGUGACAAGUGAAUGAAAUAAUAAUAAUAAUAAUAAUAAUAAUGUAGAUGUGAAUCUCAUGUUCUUUAUGUACUAAUUUGGAACAUUUUAAAAUCAACAAAACCUUAAGGUCU